ACAGAACAAUAUAUCUGACAGUUUGCUGAGCUGAAGCUACAAGUGGUGAAGCUAUUGUUAGUUUAUUUUAUUUUAUCACAAGGUAUUAUUUUCAAAUGAAUACAAAAAAGUGAAUAAUAUCAGUUAAUUUCAUAAGUAGAUACUUUUAUCCCGUUAGAUUUUACUCUGACCGCGGUAGUUUUCAAGAGGACUACAAAUAUGGACCCUCAAGAUCAGCUGGAGAUGAAGUACAACUCAGGUUCUGAAGUUGGAGGCUUGGAACUGUGUAUAGUGUGUGGUGAUAGAGCAUCUGGUCGACAUUAUGGAGCAAUAAGUUGUGAAGGAUGCAAAGGUUUCUUCAAGCGUUCUAUCAGAAAGAAGCUCGGCUACCAGUGCCGUGGCAGCAUGAACUGUGAGGUGACGAAGCAUCAUCGCAACCGGUGCCAGUACUGUCGUCUGCAGAAGUGCCUCGCUUGUGGCAUGAGGAGUGACUCGGUCCAGCACGAACGCAAGCCCAUUGUGGACAAGUGUAAGGGCGAGGCGAGGGACGGACUGCAUGAGCGGCAAGCUGCUUACAAUAAGCUGCUUGGGCUCGGGCAACAGGGACAGAUCAAUCCUAAGGAGGAGCCUAGUGAUGCAUUCGGAGCAGUAUCUCCCGCAGCGCCCGCUAUUAAUUUUGCACUGGCAGCCGCCGUCGCAUUCAACAAAACCAACCCAGUGCCUGGGUACUUGGGCGGUGCCGGGGAAGCAGACGGCGCUCGUCGCCAGCACCUGAUGCUGCACACGCAACUCGCCAAGAACCUCUUCAAGAUGGGCCAGUUCGGUGCGAUUAAUGAGUACUUACAAUCUGCGUACGGCGCGACUCCACCUGAAGUGCCUUUGUCAGCUUUACACGCCGCCGCCGCUGCGGAGACUCAACAAACAGACGCAGUAACCGACGCGGACCCCAGUAUCCUCUGCACUCCGGAAUCUCUCCAGUUAUCAUUAGUUCUGCCGUCUCCCGCGCCGCCCCAUCUCCGUCUACACGCGGUGUGUGAAGCCGGGGCGCGAAUACUAGCGGCCACGGCGAGGUGGAUGAGGGCGGUGCCCGUAGCUGCUCAAUUACCGUUUGAAAUCCAAGUGACUCUAUUGAAGAAGUGUUGGCCCGAGCUGUUCGUGUUGGGCUUGGCGAAGUUCUCGCAGGCAUUGUCUCUGUGCUCGUUACUGCCUCUGCUGGUGAGCCAUCUGCAGACCGUGCUGAGGGACCGGGGCGGACCCGACAGUUUGGACCGGACGGAGUUAGUGCAACCCGAGAUAACAGCCGCGGACUAUUCCGACGAGCGUAUAGCCGAAGUGGGCAGCAUGCUGUCACGCUUGCAGCAGUUCCUGGCCUUUGUAGAACAACUGCGACUCACGGAGAGGGAGCAUGCCCAUCUACGGGCACUGUGUCUGUUCUCACCAGAUGGCGUGCCAGAUUUCCUAACUCGCAAGCUGCAAGAGUACCAGAUAAAGGUGCUUCGGUCCCUGAAAGCUUCCUGUCAACCUGAAGAGGAGCGUCUGGCAACACUGUUACUGCAGUUGCCAGUGUUGAGGACUUUCACCGGGUCAUUCUUGGAGGAUGUGUUCUUCGUAGGAUUCGUGGGAGACGUCAGUAUAGACGAUGCUGUGCCUUAUCUGUUGAAUGCGGAACGUUGAGAUAUAACACUCAUAGAAGAUUGGUGCUUAAGUAUAGUUUUUAUUAUAAUAACUAUUGAACUUAAUUCAAUGUGCCUUACUCCAAGGCGAGAUUCCUUCCAUUUAGUUGUAAGAAUAUA